AUGUUAUGUCUCACACUUGUCCUAGGCCUGCUAUUUACCAAGCAAGCUCUUACCAAGCGGCAUCAUCAGCAUCAUGGUCACUAUACACUGAUGCCGCCACCCGUGUACAGCGGUGGGAUAACCGCCGUACCCACGAGCGCUCUCUCGACCUCUGCGACCUUGGACAACUUGCAAACCACAGUCCCGACCACAAGUACAACAAGCGCCCACCCGGUCCAGCCAACCUUUGUUCUCCGGGAUGCAGAAGAUCAAGAGGUGACAUUGUGGUAUGAAGAGUAUGCCGGCGACAAAAGAGGCUUCCCAUACUUUCGAUCGGCGUCUGAAGUAGGCAACACUUCCAUUUUCACCUUGGCCAGAAACGGGAAUCUUGUUCAUAUAAGUCCUGAGCUCCCCACGACAAAUUAUGUUGCAUCUGGAACCGAGUUCUAUCCAUUCUUGUUCCGUGAGCCUGGUUCUGUCUUCCGCCUUUGUGCAUGUUCAAUACCUAAUUGUACUUGUUCAAUCGAUGAAGACACGCUGCAAUUGGACUGCGAUUGUGGUGGACUCACAAGGUUUUGCAUAUAUCCGUCUAGAUUCAUAUUUCCAUGCAAUGGAUCGGAUGCAAUUUCAAGCGAGUUGUUCUUGUAUGCAACCCCGAUCGCGUCAAAUACGACGACCCCAGCCAGCUCUGCGCCAUCAAGCACAAAGAGCGGCAACGUUGCGCAACCAACCUUCAAGAUCCAAGAUGCAGGACAAACACGAAAACUUGCAGUUUCUUAUGACCGGAACAAUAUCAACGGAAAACUAGGGUUUCCCGUGGCCACCAGACUAGGCGAAAAUGACACAUGGACCUUGAACGACAAGGGCAACAUUGUUCAUGUUGGCCCUGGGUCACGGACAGAAGGCUUCAUUCUGUGGGGUUUGGAAGACCGUGAUUUUGAAUUGGCUCAUCCAGAGCACCCCGAAUUUGAAUAUGGAGAAGGGAGCAAAGAUUAUUCUCCAUACACUUAUACCAUCGACCCAAUCACAUCACGGCUCACUUGCAAUCAGAAUGCGUCCCUGGGAAUCUGCUUCAUUUACGUCGAGAGCUUUUGGUCGUGCGCUGAACCCUUUGCCGAUAUUCAGAAGAUAUUCUGGUUUGCAGUCCCAGUUGAUCCACCCACUCCGGCGGCGACGGUAACGAGUACGCAGUCUCCUCAACCAACGUUCCGCAUUCAAGAUGCACAACAGAAGAGCGAGCUGUACCUCGAUUAUUCAUUCGUUGAACCCACGUCAUCAAUCAUUUUUGUCAAAUUUGGGCCUGUCGGGGCCCAGCCAGGUGUUAUGCCCUUAUUCACCUUGAACGAAAGGGGUAAUCUUAUUUACGUGACCCCCGGUACACAUUUCACUGGCUUCCAUGCGUAUGGCGUCGAGUUCUUUCCAUUUCGGUUUGGAGAUCCCGAUCCCCGCUUCAGAGACGUUUUCGAAGAUGAUUGCGUUUGCUCCAUCGACUCAGUCACAUCACAAUUAAGCUGCAAUUGCGCCGGUGUCACGGUUAAUUGCCUCCAACCGUGCGACAAAUUAACUUGCCUCGAUGAAUGUGACCCAUGGCAUGUAUUUCCGGUGGAUCCAGAUAUUCUGACUAUAGGAAGUUCAUCGACAGGCAUAGUUGCUGCUUAG